UCUUGUUCCAGAGCAAUAAGAGGGACAAAAAACACUCAACAUAUCGUCCUCAUAGCUGUUGUGAAGAAAAGCGCUUACCUGAAAGAUGACUUCGCAGUGCUGCCAUACCUAGAAGCGGGUUACAACAGGGUGAUGGUGGAAACUGUGGGUGCUACCGCGUGGUGCGCAGAAAUACUUCAAGCGCGCACCGCAGCGACAACGGCGCGGGCGCAACUCGCCGCCGUGGCAGCAAUAGCCGCAGCCGUUGACCGUUGCCGGGACCUCGUGGCCAUCACUGACGACACACAGAGGAUACUGCUGACAAACAAAUCUUGGUGCCGGGUGUUGGGCUGGCGCGGGGAGGAAGGGCCACGGCCACUAACAGAGGCGGUGGGUGGUGAAGCCUUAAAGCAAGCGGCUAGCGGCGCCCGUGACUGGGAAGCACCCGUCACGCUGAGGCGGAGGGCUGCGCCAGAUCCUAUUUUACUGCCGUGUAGAGGAGCCGCCAUAGCUAUGACCAGAAACAUAUCACACCUAGUGUUAGUCUGUGAACCAACUCACGUGCCCGACAAUGAACGCGGUCGAGGUUCGCUACACUCAAUCCGACGUGGAUCGCUCGAUGUGCGAUCCGUCGCCUCGGAUGGGCUGCGGCGGACCUCACUCGCUAAAUUACAAGGGCUGCCACUAGAAGCCCCCAUCACCAAGGUUAUAGCUCUCCUAGCAACUGCGCAAGAAGGGGCGCCGCCCAGCACAGUGGCAUAUAUAGAAAAAGCAAUGGAUAUGCUUCGCACCUCCGAAUUAUAUUCGCCGCAAAUGCGCGACGAACCUAAACUCCGUGUAGAGGACCCUAUCGCUACCGACCUCAUUGGCGCACUUUUGUCUCAAGGACCUACUAAUGUUUUGUCGUCGAGGAGAAGCAGCAACGAUUCCACUGUUGUCAGAUCGCAGACUAAUAGAGCAAAUAUUAAACACAAGACGUCAGGUCAGCUCCGUGAGCUUCUCGACACGGCAUUGAGCUGGGACUUUGAAAUUUUCCGGCUGGAGGACUUAACGCGAGGCCGCCCCCUUGCGCAUCUCGGCCUCGCCCUCAUGGGUGGCAGGUUCGACGUCUGCGCCACCCUCGAGUGCGACGAGAGAACUCUACUGCACUGGCUGACGGUCAUAGAAACUAACUACCAUGCUGUUAAUACUUACCACAACUCUACACACGCCGCUGAUGUCCUGCAGGCAGUAGCGUACUUCCUAGAGAAGGACCGGCUGAAGGGCACGCUGGAGCCGCUGGAGGCCGCCGCCGCGCUGAUCUCGGCCGCGGCGCACGACAUCGACCACCCCGGCACGUCGUCCGCGUUCCUGUGCAACUCGCGACACUCGCUCGCCAUACUCUACAAUGACGUCAGCGUGCUCGAGUCCCACCACGCCGCUCUCACCUUCAAACUCACACUCAACGACGACCGUGUGAAUAUAUUCAAGAAUCUCGACCGGGACACUUACAAGACGGUGCGGCACAACGUGAUCGAUAUGAUCCUCGCCACGGAGAUGACCAAACACUACGAACACUUGGCGAAGUUCGUCAACGUGUUCUACGCGAAGACCAGCGGCAGCAAAGAGGACGGCAUACAUAAUGAUGUAAGCAGGCUAAAGGAGCCUUUAGCGUUGGACACCACAGCGCUCUCACUACCAGAAAAUGUGGUUUUAGUCAAGAGAAUGAUGAUAAAGUGCGCUGAUGUCUCUAAUGCUUCUCGACAACAGAAGUUUGCUGUCGAAUGGGCAAGAAGAAUCGCAGAGGAAUACUUCCUACAGACCGACGAAGAGAAAGCGAAAGAUCUUCCCGUGGUGAUGCCGAUGUUCGAUCGGGCCACUUGCUCCAUUCCUCGAUCGCAGAUCGGUUUCAUCGACUACAUCAUCAUCGACAUGAUGGAAGCUUGGGCUGCAUUUAUCGAUAUGCCCGAACUGGUAACUCACGCGCGCAACAACCACGCCCGUUGGCGGGAAUUGGAUGAAGCGGGCGUCACCACUAUAGCGGAGGUGAUGCGCGCGCAGCGACAUCAGGCGCUCCAUCCGCCGCCCCCCGCGCACAACCCCCCUCCCGUGCCCGCGCCCGGUCCAGAUGAGGAGUGA